AUGCGAUUCCUCUCCUUCCUCCUCGGCGCCGCCGUCUCCGUCUCGACUGUUUCUGCGCAUUUCGCAGUUACUUAUCCGUACUGGCGCGGGGACAGUUAUGCCACUCAAUGGACUUAUCCAUGCGGUGGUGUGAACCAGUCCGUCUCCGACUCAAACCGUACCGCCUGGCCACUCGACGGAGGGUCACUGGUCUUCACACCGACCCAUGACAACGCUCAGACUUACGUCAACUUGGGCGUGGGGAAUAAUGUCACGAGACUCAACGUCACCCUCGUCCCCCCCUUCAACCAAACCGGUAACGGGACCUUUUGCUUCCCGAAAAUCUCCAUCCCGUCCGGCCUGGGUAUCGGGGAGGGCACCAAUGCUAGUAUUCAGGUUAUCCAGUUGUCUCACAAUGGUGGAGCUUUGUACAACUGCGCGGACAUCACCUUCAGGAAGGACGCUCCGGGGCCUCCCACGGGAAUCACCUAA